AUGGAUAGAACAACAGCCCUGAACCCCGACGAAAACGACGUUUAUGCACCGUUCUCAGAAGUUUGUGGAUCAAGAGAAAUUCUCCGCGAAAAGCUCCGGCUCAUCAGCUAUUGUCAGGACCGCAGCUUUAAGCCUGAAAAGGUCAUUCGGAGACUUCGCUUUCUAAGCCUUGCAGCAGCUGCACAGCAUCCUCUACUGGCGACGACGCCCUAUGAAGCAGCAGAGACAUGCACUCAGUGUGCACAAUAUCCAUUGUUCGAUGCCGCUCGCGAUGCGAGAAACAACCACACGUCUGAAGAGCUUUGCAGACUGCGACUCACAGAUUUGGGAGACCUGGAAAGCUGCAAACACUAUGUUGCUGUUUCAUACUGUUGGCGGCAGCCACAAAGCCCUUCCGAAGAGGAGACGCUUGCACCGAGGUACAAAGUUCUGGAUGGCGAAAAAGAGAGAGAAUGCCGGGCUCCACUCAACGUUAUAAGGCGCGCUAUAGACUUUGCGAUAUUCAAAGGUUAUCGUCUCAUCUGGAUAGACCAAGAAUGUAUCGACCAGGACGACGUUGAGGACAAAUUACUGCACAUCCAAGCUAUGCAUUUGAUCUACCGACAGGCUUCCGAUGUGGUCGCGGUUCUCAACAGCCUCUUAGAUAACCAGGCGCAGGUAGAUAUACUGGAAUGCGACAGUCUUCAUGAAUUGGAGGAACAGUAUGCUUUCAACCAUCUGGAAAGCUCGGAGCCCCGGAAACAGAUAAGGCGUAACCUCAUUACACAAACUAUACGGCUUGCUGAGUCUCUUGCGAGUGACCCUUGGUAUACACGAGCCUGGACGUACCAGGAAGCACUCCUUGCGACUCGACCCGUCUACCUACUGAUCCUGUGUCAGUCCAAUUUGCGCGCGCCGUCAUUCCAAAUAGCCGUUGGGUCUCAGCUCGUCAUCUAUGACACUAAAACUGCAUCUAUCCUGGAGUCAAUGCUGAACCAUCUCGAUCCGUAUUACUCUACGCUUCCUGCCUCUUUCCAACCUCCAGACUAUGGCCUGUGGUUGGAAGACCUUGAAGAUUGUAAAAUGCAAAAAGAUAAGCUUUCAUCUGCGAUGGACAUUCUGAGGGACUCAGUACCAGGUUGGAAGGAACCACCGCUUCGCGUGGCUCUCGAGGUCCAUAGGUUGUCCGCUCGCGAUGCGAUACAAAACCUUCUCCGGCGCGGUAUUACGGACUGUCUCGAUUUGAUUGCUAUAUGUGGAAACAUUUGCAACUAUAGUGUUCGUCUUGACACAGAUAUGAUUCGCAAAGCGCACAUUGGACUGAGCGUGGCUUUGUUCGCGCUCGCGCUCCUCAACGGCGACGUAAGCCUCGUUCUCGCGCUCAAUCGCAAUACAACCUGCUCUAUUACGGACAGCUCGAAGGCUUUGCCCACUGCCAGUAUGAAAGAGGUUGCGAUAUUCCCCCGAAAGUACGAAUUUAUUGAUUGGGUUGCGCAAUCGAUCUACGGCUGCCGUAUACGUUCUCCAACAUUAUUGUCAAAUGGCCUCCUGAUGAGGGGUAUCCUUUGGCGUAUUCAGAACAUCGAUAUGAGUACAAUUCGACAAAAGUAUAUUCAAUAUGAAGACUCAAUCAUACAAGAAGACUGUCCGGCUAGAAUCGUCCAGGAGAUUGUUAAUGUCACCUGCCGAUUUCUCAAAGAGAGGAAUGAAAUUGCCCUCGCUCGAGCUAUUGAGACGACUUAUAAGCAUCGGCAGCCACGCCUGGUCUCUAGAAUUAUGCGCUAUUGUUGCAUCUCCAUCGCAAUACCCGAAGACCCUGCAAUUUCUGGUUGCAAGCUACUCCCCGAAACAGCUUACAAGUAUGGCACUUUUGAGGAUGAGAUUGACCACGAUCCACUAAUCUUUGGUCCCAACAGACCUGCAUACGUCUUCACCCCGUACCGCGUUCUCAUUGAGCAAGAAAUUCGUGAUGGAAUUCCUUGGUUCCUACUUAUGUGGUGGAUUUCCAGGAUUGAAACUACUCCUAAAACCAUACAGAAUAAAGAUCUUGCUCAGAAGGAAACUCGAACAAUACCUACCAUGACUAAUAUCUUCAGUCAAGGGUGGCCGAGCAAGAUGAAAGUGGAUGAGAAAUUGUUCAUUGGUGAUGUCAAAAAGCUCAUCACGAGCUAUUCGCUAUCCGAAGAGAUCUAUCGUCUGCAUUGUUUCUAG